CGAUCACAACUACCACUUCAUCCAAGCUCGGAACCUGAUAGCCAUCCUCAACCAUCCUCAACCAAUACUUCAUUGUAUAUUAUAUUCAUGACGGGCUUGAGGCCGUCAUCUUUGACUCGAGUUCAGCUUCGUCAAGGAAAAUCGUUCAAUACGCUCAACAUGUCCAUCAGGUCUUCCAACUCGAUUGUUCCUCUUAACCAUGCCAUUCGUCAAACAUCUAUGAGCUCAAGGAUGAACUUGGCUCAAAGAAGACUUUACGCCACUAAUUUGACCCCUCCUACACCUCCUAAGCGGAAAGGUCUGGUGCGGAAGUUCGUCUUACCUACUGCUGUUUUCGGAGGUGUCUUUUACGGUGCUGGCAUCUACGCUUCGUUCCAAAACGAAUGGGUCAAUGACUUCUUUACUCAAAACGUACCACUUGGCGAGGAACUCGUCAAUUAUUUUGAAGAGUACAAUCUAGAAAAGAUUGGUGACGUUUCGAAACGGGCAGUAGAAGUCACAGGAGGCGUGAUCUCAAGUGCUAAAAACACCCUCGGUCUCACUGAAACUCAGGCUCUUCACACUUCUCCUUCACAAUCUACUACAUCUGUCAAUGGUGAUGAAGAGGCCAAGUUGAAAUCCAAAACAGAAACCAAUAUCGAGAAGAUGAAAGCAAAGACAGAAGCAGCCGUACAACGAGGACAAGAAUUAGCUGCUGCAGGUGCCCAUCAAAUCAAUAAAUCUUCUCAAAAACUGGAAUCGACUGCUAAAGCCAAAGCUGAUCAAGUGAAGCAAAGUCUGAAAUCCAAUGCACCUGCUGCAUCAGAGUCUUCCCCAACGACUUCAGCAUCAGCCACAACCUCUUCCACCGGAUCUCUUCCUAUCUACCCAGGAUCUAUUCCAAUCGGACACGAACCUCCACCUGGCUACAUCGGAUCUGCCCCUAGACCACGAGAUCCAUCGACUACCGCUGCUCCCCCUCCACCCUCUUUGCCUCUUCUAGCACCUAGUAUCCGAGGCUUCUCCGGUUCAGAACCCGCCCUUGGACAGUUGGCAUCUACCAUUGAUAAUCUCGCCGGAUUCUUGCGAGACAAUCCGGAUCUUGUUGUCCGAGGCAAGACCCAGAGUGGAGACGAUGCCCCAAGAGUCUUAGCAAGCGCUGAGGUCGAGUUGAAAAAUCUUGGUCAUCGAUUAGAAAAGAUCAAAGUUGAAGAGCGUCAACACCUGGAAAGCUCUUUAGACACUCAAGCUAAACAAUACAGCAAGCUCUUACUGGAUGCAGAACGAGAUUUACAUCAACGUCUUGACAAACAGGAAGAUGAUUGGAAGGAUGCCUUUGAAUCUGAGCGACAGAAACUGGUGAAAUUUUAUAAUGCCAAGUUAGAAAAAGAAUUAGAAACUCAACAGGAAUUGAUCAAUGAGAGACUGAAACAAGAAGUGAUUUCAAAGGGACUCGAAUUACAAAGGAAAUGGACUAGACAGAUCAAAUCACAGGUUGAACAAGAACGUGAAGGUCGAUUGAGCAAGUUGGUAGAAUUAGAAAGUUGUAUUAAAGAACUUGGACGAGCUACACUCGAUAACGAAGAAUAUCUUGAUCAGAAUCGUAGAGUUCAUAAACUUUGGAAUGGUAUUCGAGCGAUCUCACGAGUUUUCGAGUACAGCUUCAAACGCCCCUUCACCGAGGAAGUCCUUGCUUUGAAGGCUGUCAACAAAACUUUUAUGUCAGCCACUGAACCUUCCACUGACAUCAUUUCCACUGCUCUUGCUACUCUGUCGUCUCAGACCAUCGAGAAUGGAGUCGAGACGUUACCAAACUUAACGAUCUGGUUCCAAGAAUCUGUUGCACCACGAGUUCAAUCUGUUGCCUUCUUUCCUGAUCACGGAGGAUUUCUAGCAUACUUUGCUUCAUACUUUCUCAGUCACUUUUUAAUUAUCAACAAACAAAGUGGAUAUCAAAUCGAAGGUGAUGAUGUGAUGAGCGUCUUGAGAAGGGUAGAGAGUUUAUUGAAUGGAAAAGAUUUGGAUGGAGCUACAAGAGAAUUAAACGCUUUGAAAGGAUGGCCUAAGGUCUUGGCUCGUGAUUGGCUUGAAGCAGCAAGAAGACAUUUAGAAGUUAAACAAGCUAUUGAGUUAAUCGAAACUGAAGCUCGCUUACAAUCUUUAUUACUUUAAAGCUAAGUUAAAGAUUUGCUUUAUAUCCAAAUCAAAAAUCAAAACUCUUGCUUUCUUUUUCAAAUAGUGUAGUUUUUGUUUUCUUCUAGUACUCAAAAAUUAUUGAAAUUGAAAAAAACAAAAAACAAAAAGAUUG